CACUUGCGUUAGGAGAGUAAAAUGUGUUUGACAGGAAUCUGAACGAGAGGAGGGGGCGGCAGCACACGAGUGGAAAUCCGCACCUUCAAGAGAUCGCCAUCACUUUACCCCACCUCGUCAAUCAGUCGCGGGCAGUCCGUUAACCGUGGGAAAGCGAAUGCGGUGAAUAAUUUGGAGGCUCAGCAACAGGGCACACAGAGUACAGGAUGCCCCUGACUCUAUCAACCCCGCGCGCGGGGAGCUCCCGCGACUAGCGCCGCGCAAAGUAUCCAAAAGGAGAAUGCGAAUGGUUAGAGAUCACAGGAUUCAAUUAAUAUGGAAACGAUGUAACUUCACCGCCGCAUUGCAUAUAGCUCGGGGAAACAGGUUAGAAAGUAGUAGAUAGCUAAAUAGGGCGCAUUUUGCCAUCAUACAUGCAAACUUACUCAUCAUCAAGCUCAACUAGCCUGUAGUUGGCUGCAACAAAAGGAACAGCUGCUCAUCAGUGUCUUCAGAUACCAAAGAAGACAGAAUUAAAGAUGUUACGGAGGAGGCUCAACCGAUUGUGUGGAGGAGAUGAGAAGCGAGUGGACAGCAGGACAAUCUAUGUAGGACAUCGGCCAUGUCCCGACCCAGAGGCCUUCAUCCCCUCCAAAUUCUGUGACAAUAGGAUUGUGUCCUCCAAGUACACCGUUUGGAACUUCCUGCCAAAGAACCUAUUCGAACAGUUUAGAAGAAUUGCUAAUUUUUACUUCCUCAUCAUAUUCUUGGUGCAGGUGAUUGUUGAUACCCCAACCAGCCCCGUGACCAGUGGUUUACCUUUGUUUUUUGUCAUCACAGUGACGGCCAUCAAACAGGGUUAUGAGGACUGGCUGCGGCACAAAGCAGACUACGAGGUGAAUAAGUACCCGGUGACGGUGUUAGAGGACGGGCGGUCAGUGAAGAAGGAGAGCGAGAGGAUCAAGGUGGGCGAUGUGGUUGAAGUGGUGGAGGACGAGAUCUUUCCCUGUGACCUGAUACUGUUGCAGUCCACUCGAGAAGAUGACACUUGUUUUGUCACCACAGCCAGCCUGGAUGGAGAAUCCAACCAUAAAACACACUACACGGUGCCAGACACAGAGAAGGACCUACAGGCUCUCUCUGCCACCAUUGAGUGUGAACAACCCCAGCCUGACCUCUACAAGUUUGUGGGCCGAAUGCACAUUUACAAGGCGGAGCAGGAACCAGCAGUAAGAUCUUUGGGCCCAGAGAACCUUCUCCUCAAAGGUGCUACGUUGAAAAACACCAAGAAGAUUAAUGGUGUCGCAGUAUACACAGGCAUGGAGACAAAGAUGGCACUCAACUACCAGGGCAAAUCUCAGAAACGAUCAGCUGUUGAAAAAUCCAUCAAUGCCUUUCUGUUGGUGUACCUGUGUAUCCUCAUCAGUAAAGCUGUGGUGUGUACUACACUAAAGUACGUAUGGCAGAGCAAAGAAGGUCAGGAUGAGCCCUGGUACAACCAGAAAACGCAGAAGGAGAAAGACACUAAUAUGUAUUUGAAGAUGUUUACAGACUUCCUCUCCUUCAUGGUCCUUUUCAACUUUAUAAUCCCCGUGUCCAUGUACGUCACUGUGGAGAUGCAAAAAUUCCUGGGCUCUUUCUUUAUCACUUGGGAUAAAGACUUCUUUGACCCGGAGAUCCAAGAGGGCGCGCUCGUCAACACUUCAGACCUCAAUGAGGAACUUGGCCAGGUGGAAUAUGUAUUCACAGACAAGACGGGCACACUGACCCAGAACAACAUGGAGUUCAUCGAGUGCUGUAUAGACGGCUUCCAGUACAGACACGGAGACGAGCUGGACGGCUUCACUGUGACUGACGGGCCUGUGAGUAAACUGCAGCAGAAGGCUGGACUGGAGAAAGAAGAGUUGUUUCUGCGGGCCCUGUGCCUUUGCCACACGGUGCAGGUCAAGGAGGACGGAGCGGAGGAAACUCCUAGGGACCAAGUUGAUGGUGUAGAUGGGAUGUUUCCUCAGCCAGAGGAGGAAAGAUGUUUCAUCGCAUCUUCUCCUGAUGAGAUCGCACUGGUGAAAGGAGCCAUGAGAUAUGGCUUCACCUUUCUUGGUUUGGAGAGUAAGAGCAUGAAGAUCAAGAAUAGGCAAAAUGAUAUAGAGGAGUAUAAAUUGCUCCAUGUCCUAAACUUUGACCCAGUCCGACGGAGAAUGAGUGUCAUCGUGCAGACCAAAUCAGGGGAGACGCUGCUUUUCUGUAAGGGAGCCGAUUCCUCCAUCUUCCCAAGAGUCAAACCAGAGGAGGUGGACAGGAUUCGGUUGCACGUUGAGCGAAAUGCAACGGAGGGUUACCGUACACUGUGUGUAGCCUUUAAGCAGCUGAGUGCUGAGGAGUAUGCCGUGGCAGACGCUGGGCUGAGGGAGGCGAGACUGGCUCUUCAGGACAGGGAGGAGAAACUCAUGGCCAUUUAUAACCAAGUGGAGACGGACAUGAGUUUGAUUGGAGCGACCGCUGUAGAGGACCGACUUCAGGAAGAGGCAGCGGAGACCAUGGAGGCCUUGCAGGGUGCAGGGAUAAAAGUUUGGGUGCUGACGGGGGACAAAAUGGAGACUGCCAAGUCCACCUGCUAUGCCUGUCGCCUGUUCCAGAGGGGUACGGAGCUACUGGAACUGACUGUGCGGACACUGGAGGAUGGGAGGACAAAGCGCGAGGACAAACUUCUUGAGUUGUUACGGGACUACCAUAGAAGAGCAGUGCAGGAUGCCCCACCUGUCAAAGCAGGGGUCACCAGGAGUUGGUCUACAGCAAAUCAGGAGUACGGCUUCAUCAUAGAUGGUGCUACGCUGACGUUGUUGAUGAACCCACCCCGUGAUGCAGAUGCCAGCCUGUACAGGAGCCUCUUUCUGCAGAUCUGCCAGAACAGCACUGCCGUGCUCUGCUGCCGCAUGGCACCCCUGCAGAAAGCUCAGAUCGUGAAGAUGGUGAAGAACUCCAAAGGCUCCCCAAUCACUCUCUCCAUUGGCGAUGGGGCCAAUGAUGUUAGCAUGAUUCUUGAGGCACAUGUGGGCAUUGGUGUUAAAGGUAAGGAGGGUCGUCAAGCUGUGAGGAACAGUGAUUAUGCCAUCCCUAAACUCAAGCACUUAAAGAAGCUUUUGCUGGCUCAUGGGCAUCUCUACUAUGUGCGCAUUGCUCAUCUUGUUCAGUACUUCUUUUAUAAGAAUCUUUGCUUCAUAUUACCUCAGUUCCUUUACCAGUUUUUCUGUGGAUACUCUCAGCAGCCCUUAUACGACGCAGCCUAUCUGACGAUGUACAACAUCUGCUUCACCUCCAUGCCCAUUCUGGCCUACAGCCUGCUGGAACAGCACAUGUCCAUAGAGGUUCUGCUGGACAAUGCCACCCUCUACAGAGAAAUAGCCAAAAAUGCCAUGUUACGCUGGCGCCCCUUCCUCUACUGGACAGUAUUAGGAAUUUUUCAGGGUCUCAUGUUCUUCUUUGGUGUCCGUUUCCUGUUCAGCAAUCCAGCACUGCAGGAUAAUGGGCAGGUCUUCGGAAACUGGUCUUAUGGAACAAUUGUCUUUACAGUCCUUGUUUUCACUGUGACAUUGAAGCUGGCUCUAGACACGCGGCACUGGACGUGGAUCAACCAUUUUGUGAUCUGGGGCUCAUUGGCCUUCUAUGUUUUCUUCAGUUUCUUCUGGGGAGGCAUCAUAUGGCCGUUUUUGAAGCAGCAGCGUUUGUACUUUGUGUUUGCUAACAUGCUAAGUUCAGUGUCUGCCUGGCUGGUUAUCAUCAUCCUCAUUCUCCUCAGUCUUCUGCCAGAGCUCCUUUUGGUGGUCCUCCGCAAGCCCAGAGGCCCCCAUUCACGACAGAAAAAGCCGGGUCAGUCGAAUGUUGGGGGCAGCCAUUCCUCUCAGUCUUCAGCCAGACCCCUGCUCAUGAGAACCUUUUCAGACGAGUCCAAUUCUGUCAAAUGAACAGCUGUCAGAGGAAACUUCAACUUACACAGACAGAUGGCUGCUGUCACACCCCUCUCCUAUAAGCAUCUGAUGGAGCGCUACUGAUGGGCACGGACAGCUUUGGGUUAAGACUCCUGAUGGGACCCUCGCAUCUUCCAGGGUCGCUACCCUUCCUCCUGCCUGUUUAAAUGAAACAUGACAAUGGAACCACCAUAAACUGCUCAGACCAGGCCUUGAUCCAGCAGUCCUCUUUCCACCUUUUCUGUCAUGUCCUUUCACUUCUCUCAAAGCGUCUCAUCCCAGAACGAUUCCACGUGAACUGUUUUCACAACGUUUUCUGCCCUGCCCUACUGCCAUACUCUCAUAUUGAACCAUACCGGGAUAAAUGUGUCGCUGGAGAUGUUGUCUGUAGCGCUCAACUGCUGCAGAAUGUACCGACCCUGGUUCAUUAUUUAUUGGCUCUCUUGCAUGAUCCCC